UACCAGCCAUCCCUGGCUAAGAGGACAUCUCCUUUAGGAGUCCUGUUUAGAAAGUCAUGUUUCUGUCCUUCUCGCCCUCCGUAGGUGGUCACCUGAACCCGACCGUGACCUUUGCCCUCUGCCUCCUUGGGAGAGAGCCAUGGAGGAAGUUCCCGGUUUACUUCCUCUUCCAGACAUUAGGGGCCUUCCUGGGGGCCGGGAUCAUAUUUGGCAUUUAUUCUGAUGCGCUGUGGGCUUACGGCCAGGGGACGCUGUCUGUGGACGGGACCAACGCCACGGCGGGGAUCUUCGCUACGUAUCCCUCCCCACAUCUCAGUCUACUCAAUGGAUUCUUCGACCAGGUGAUCGGAACGGCCGCAUUAAUCGUGUGUAUCCUGGGUAUUGUGGACCCCCACAACACCCCGGUCCCGGCGGGUCUGGAGGCCUUCACGGUGGGGCUGGUGGUGCUGGUCAUCGGCCUCUCCAUGGGCUUCAACUCGGGCUACGCCGUGAACCCCACCCGGGACCUGGGGCCGCGCCUCUUCACCGCGCUGGCGGGCUGGGGCAGCGGGGUGUUCACGGUGAAGGGCUACUGGUUCUUGGUGCCCCUGUUCGCCCCGUUCCUAGGGGCAGUGGUGGGGGUGGUGAUUUACCAGCUGAUGGUGGGCUAUAACGUGGAAGGAGAGGCACGCAUCCAGGGAAGACGAGAGGAAGAGGAAAGCCUCCUAACUACAACCACCAUCAAUGAAGAGGCAUAAGACAUUAUGUGUCCUUUGUUGCUACCAUAUAAAUAUUUUACGUUGUAUAUUUUUGGUAAAGGUUUUACGUCUCCUAUGUAUUAUUCGGCAGAUUGUCUUGAAGUUUGCUUGGUUUAUUGAUUGAAACUAAUAUCCUGUAAUAAAUUGUUGAAUCCUGUUAUAAAAUGCAGUUAUACAUAGAAAGUAACAGCUGAAACCAAAUGCUUUUCAAUUUAAACAUGUGGAUCUUCUGAUCUUGUUUUGUAAACCUUGGUGGUAGAGUGGACACUGCAUUAUGUCUCAAGGCAUCUCUCCUUUCCCCUCUCUCCUGUUCCCUCUCCUCCUCUGUUCUACCUGUUUCCACUCCUCUCCUUUCCUUGUCUCUUAAGACAGUCGAGACGUUCACUUUUCACAAUGAAGUUAGGUUGUUCGGAAAGGGUCAAUCUUGCUAUCUUUGCUUUUGGCGACUCAGUUGAAAGUAAAGAAAAUAAACCUCCUUUGAGGAAAGCCUUCCAUGCAGAUUUAUUUUCAUCUUUUAACAUCGUUCAUGACAUUUAAAAGUAUGUUUUGGGGGGUUUUGUACCUGA